GCUGUGCUACAGAAACACUGAGUACGGUCGGGGUUCACGACCCAGUACCACGAUGCACAACAAAUCCAAACAGAGUGCGGAGGGUGUGAUGGCUCAGAGCUCCGGUCCGGACCGUGGGGAACCGAACCAGGAUCAGAGGGAGAACCGGGGGGACGAUGACAUCAUCAAAUCACCCAGCGACCCCAAACUGUACAGGUAUAUAGAGCUGAGUAACGGCCUCCGUGCUCUACUCAUCUCAGACUGCUCCUCCACUGCUCCAUCUGAGGAGGAUGAGGAUGAUCACGAGGAUGAUGAAGAGGACGAAGAAGAAGAGGAGGAUGAUGAUGAAGAGGAGGAGGACGACGACGAGGAUGAAUCUGAGGAGGAAACCGAUGAUGAUUCAGAGGAAGAUGAUGAUGAUGAUGAAGAAUGUGAUGGAGAGAAGAAGAAGAAGGUUUCAGAGAAACAGUCCGCAGCAGCCCUGUGUGUAGGCGUGGGGAGUUUCAGUGACCCUGACGACCUGCCGGGACUCGCCCACUUUCUGGAACACAUGGUGUUUAUGGGCAGUGAGAAGUACCCUCGUGAGAACGGGUUCGAUUCCUUCCUGAAGAAGCACGGCGGGAGUGAUAACGCCUCCACCGACUGUGAGCGCACCGUCUUCCACUUCGACAUCCAGAGGAGGAAGUUCAGAGAAGCUCUGGAUCGGUGGGCUCAGUUCUUUAUCUGUCCCCUCAUGAUCAAAGAUACCAUGGAUAGAGAGGUGGAGGCCGUCGACAGUGAGUUCCAGUUGGCGAGACCCUCCGACUCUCACCGUAAGGAGAUGCUGCUCGGCAGUCUGGCUAAACCCAACCACCCCAUGUCCAAGUUCUGCUGGGGAAACGCUCAGACUCUGAAGACCGAGCCGAAGAUGAAGAAGAUAAACGUGUAUAAGAGACUCAGAACGUUCUGGAAGAGACAUUACUCUGCUCACUGCAUGACCCUGGCUGUGCAGUCUAAAGAGACGCUGGACACUCUGGAGCUGUGGGUCCGAGAGAUCUUCACCAACAUCCCCAACAACGGGCGACCCAAACCCGACUUCUCUCACCUGCUGGACCCGUUCGACACGCCUGCCUUCAACAAGCUGUACAGAGUGGUGCCCGUGAGGAAGGAGCACUCUCUCACCAUCACCUGGGCACUGCCCCCUCAGGAGAGGCACUACACGGUGAAGCCGUUACAUUACCUGGCCUGGUUGAUCGGUCAUGAGGGCGUCGGCAGCGUCCUGUCUCUGCUCCGAAAAAAGUGCUGGGCGUUGGCGCUGUACGGUGGGAACAGUGAGAUGGGAUUCGAUCAGAACUCCACCUACUCCAUCUUCAGCAUCUCCAUCACGCUCACCGAUGAGGGUCAGCACAACUUCUACCAGGUAGCUGAUCUGGUGUUUCAGUACGUGAAGCUGCUGCAGAGCCUGGGUCCUCAGCGCAGAAUUUAUGAAGAAAUCCAGAAGAUUGAAGAUAACGAGUUCCACUACCAGGAGCAGACGGAUCCCAUCGAGUACGUGGAGGACGUCUGUGAGAACAUGCAGCUCUUCCCCAAACAGCACGUCCUGACUGGAGACCAGCUUCUGUUCCACUAUAGUCCUGAGGUGAUCAGUGAUGUUCUGGAUCUUCUCACUCCUGAUCGGGCCAACCUGCUGCUCCUCUCUCCAAACCACCAGGGGCGCUGUCCACUCCAGGAGAAGUGGUUCGGCACUUGCUACAGUGUGGAGGAUGUUGAUGAGCACUGGAGGAACCGCUGGAACUCUGACCUGGACCUGAACCCUGAGCUCCACCUUCCAGCUGAGAACCAGUUCAUUGCGACGGAUUUCACACUGAAACAGCCGGACUGCGCCGACACCGAGUACCCGGUGAGGGUGGCGGAGACGGAGCGGGGGUGUGUGUGGUACAGGAAGGACACCAAGUUCAACAUCCCUAAGGCGUACGUGUGGUUCCACCUCGUCUCCCCACUCAUCCAGAGAUCUCCUAAAAAUGUGGUCCUGUUCGAGGUGUUUGUGAACGUUCUCCUGCAUAACGUAGCCGAGCCGGCGUACGAGGCGGACGUAGCUCAGCUGGAGCACAAGCUCACCGCGGGAGAGCACGGCCUCGUCAUCAAGGUCAAGGGAUUCAACCAUAAACUCCGGCUGCUGUUUGAUCUGCUGGUGGAUCAGUUGUCGGCGUUCUCAGUGACCCCGGACGUUUUCUCCAUGUUCACUGAGCAGCUGAAGAAAUCGUACUUCAACAUCCUGAUCAAACCCGAGAAACUCAGCAAAGACGUGAGGCUGUUGAUCCUGGAGGCUGAGCGCUGGUCUCUGGUGGAGAAGCACCUGGUGCUGGUGGAGGGGAUCAGUGUGGAGGAGCUGAUGGAGUUUGUGAGCAGGUUUAGGGAGGAGCUGUACGCUGAGGGUCUGGUCCAGGGGAACAUCACCAGCACAGAAGCGGUGGAGUUCCUGAACUACCUGACACAUAAGCUAAACUACAGGAAGUUAUCAGUAGAAGUUCCGGUGCAGUUCCGGGUGGUGGAGCUGCCGGCUGCUCGCACCGUGUGUAAAGUUAAAUCUCUAAACAAAGGAGAUGCUAACUCUGAGGUCACCGUUUACUACCAGUCUGGAGUGAAGAACCUGCGUGACCACACCCUGAUGGAGCUGCUGGUGAUGCACAUGGAGGAACCGUGCUUUGACUUCCUCAGGACUAAGGAGACUCUGGGGUAUCACGUUUACCCCACCUGUAGAAACACCUCGGGCAUCCUGGGCUUCUCCGUCACCGUGGAGACGCAGGCCACCAAAUUCAAUACGGAGCUGGUAGAGAAGAAGAUGGAGGAGUUCCUGCAGGGUUUCGGUGAGAUGUUGGAAGCCCUGAGCGAUGAUGGUUUCAGGAGUCAUGUGACGGCGCUGGUGAAGCUGAAGCAGUGUGAGGACACACACCUGGGGGAGGAGGUGGAGAGGAACUGGAACGAGAUCAUCACCCAGCAGUACGUCUUCAACCGCCUGAACCGUGAGAUCAAGGUUCUGAAGGCGACCAGUAAAGCUGAACUGGUGGACUGGUUCCAGCAGCACAGAAGUGGGCGGAGCAGGAAGCUGAGUGUGCAGGUGGUGGGUUUUGGAGCGGAGGAGACCGACCCCCCCGCCGAGGAGCAGGAGGAGGAUUCCAAACUCACCUUCCUCCCCCCAUCAGACACACACCCCUCUGACAUCAUCAUUAAUGACAUCAGAGCCUUCACACACACACUCACACUGUACCCACACCACAAGAUCGUCCAGUAACACACACACACACACACACACACACACACACACACACUGUACCCACACCACAAGAUCGUCCAGUAACACACACACACACACACACACACACACUGUACCCACACCACAAGAUCGUCCAGUAACACACACACACACACACACACACACACACACACACACACACACUCACACUCUCACACACACACACACACACACACACACACACUGUACCCACACCACAAGAUCGUCCAGUAACACACACACACACUCACACACACACACACACACACUCACACUCUCACACACACACACACACACACACACACACACACACACACACUGUACCCACACCACAAGAUCGUCCAGUAACACACACACACACACACACUCACACACACACACACACACACACACACACAUACACACACACACUCACACUGUACCCACACCACAAGAUCAUCCAGUAACACACACACACACACACACACACACACACUGUACCCACACCACAAGAUCAUCCAGUAACACACACACACACACACACUCACACACACACACACUCACACUGUACCCACACCACAAGAUCAUCCAGUAACACACACACACACACACACACACACUCACACACACACACACACACACACACACACACACACACUCACACUGUACCCACACCACAAGAUCGUCCAGUAACACACACACACACACACACACACACACACUGUACCCACACCACAAGAUCAUCCAGUAACACACACACACACACACACACACACUCACACACACACACACACACACUCACACACACACACACUCACACUGUACCCACACCACAAGAUCAUCCAGUAACACACACACACACACACACACACACUCACACACACACACACACACACACACACACACACACACUCACACUGUACCCACACCACAAGAUCGUCCAGUAACACACACACACUCACACACACACACACACACACACACACUGUACCCACACCACAAGAUCAUCCAGUAACACACACACACACACACACACACACACACACACACACACACUGUACCCACACCACAAGAUCGUCCAGUAACACACACACACUCACACACACACACACACACACACACACACACUGUACCCACACCACAAGAUCAUCCAGUAACACACACACACACACACACACACACACACACACUGUACCCACACCACAAGAUCGUCCAGUAACACACACACACACACACACACACACACACACACACUGUACCCACACCACAAGAUCGUCCAGUAACACACACACACACACACACACACACACUGUACCCACACCACAAGAUCAUCCAGUAACACACACACACACACACACACACACACACACACUCACACUGUACCCACACCACAAGAUCGUCCAGUAACACACACACACACACACACACACACACACUCACACACACACUGUACCCACACCACAAGAUCGUCCAGUAACACACACACACACACACACACACACACACACACACUGUACCCACACCACAAGAUCGUCCAGUAACACACACACACACACACUCACACACACACACACACUGUACCCACACCACAAGAUCGUCCAGUAACACACACACACACACACACACACACACACACUGUACCCACACCACAAGAUCAUCCAGUAACACACACACACACACACACACUCACACUGUACCCACACCACAAGAUCGUCCAGUAACACACACACACACACACACACACACACACACUCACACACACACUGUACCCACACCACAAGAUCGUCCAGUAACACACACACACACACACACACACACACACACACUGUACCCACACCACAAGAUCAUCCAGUAACACACACACACACACACACACACACACACACACUGUACCCACACCACAAGAUCGUCCAGUAACACACACACACACACACACACACACACACACUCACACUGUACCCACACCACAAGAUCGUCCAGUAACACACACACACACACACACACACACACACACACUGUACCCACACCACAAGAUCGUCCAGUAACACACACACACACACACACACACACACACACACACACACACACUCACUCACUCACACACACACUGUACCCACACCACAAGAUCGUCCAGUAACACACACACACACACACACACACACACACACACUCACACUGUACCCACACCACAAGAUCGUCCAGUAACACACACACACACACACACACACACACACACACUCACACACACACUGUACCCACACCACAAGAUCGUCCAGUAACACACACACACACACACACACACACACACACACACUGUACCCACACCACAAGAUCAUCCAGUAACACACACACACACACACACACACACACACUCACACUGUACCCACACCACAAGAUCAUCCAGUAACACACACACACACACACACACACACACACACACACACACACACUCACUCACACACACACUGUACCCACACCACAAGAUCGUCCAGUAACACACACACACACACACACACACACACACACACACACACACACUCACACUGUACCCACACCACAAGAUCGUCCAGUAACACACACACACACACACACACACACACACACUCACACUGUACCCACACCACAAGAUCAUCCAGUAACACACACACACACACACACACACACACACACACACACACACACUGUACCCACACCACAAGAUCAUCCAGUAACACACACACACACACACACACACACACACACACACACACACACACACACACACACACACUGUACCCACACCACAAGAUCAUCCAGUAACACACACACACACACACACACACACACUCACACACACACUGUACCCACACCACAAGAUCAUCCAGUAACACACACACACACACACACACACACACACACACACACUGUACCCACACCACAAGAUCAUCCAGUAACACACACACACACACACACACACACACACUGUACCCACACCACAAGAUCAUCCAGUAACACACACACACACACACACACACACACACACACACACACACUCACACACACACACUGUACCCACACCACAAGAUCAUCCAGUAACACACACACACACACACUCACACACACACACACACACACACACUGUACCCACACCACAAGAUCAUCCAGUAACACACACACACACACACACACACACACUCACACACACACACACACACACACACACACACACACACACACACACACUGUACCCACACCACAAGAUCAUCCAGUAACACACACACACACACACUCACACACACACACACACACACACACACACACACACACACACACUGUACCCACACCACAAGAUCAUCCAGUAACACACACACACACACACUCACACACACACACACACACACACACACACACUGUACCCACACCACAAGAUCAUCCAGUAACACACACACACACACACUCACACACACACACACACACACACUGUACCCACACCACAAGAUCGUCCAGUAACACACACACACACACACACACACACACACUGUACCCACACCACAAGAUCAUCCAGUAACACACACACACACACACACACACACACACACACUCACACUGUACCCACACCACAAGAUCGUCCAGUAACACACACACACACACACACACACACACACACACACUCACACACACACUGUACCCACACCACAAGAUCGUCCAGUAACACACACACACACACACACACACACACACACACACUGUACCCACACCACAAGAUCGUCCAGUAACACACACACACACACACUCACACACACACACACACACACACACUGUACCCACACCACAAGAUCGUCCAGUAACACACACACACACACACACACACACACACACUGUACCCACACCACAAGAUCGUCCAGUAACACACACACACACACACACACACACACACUCACACACACACUGUACCCACACCACAAGAUCGUCCAGUAACACACACACACACACACACACACACACACUGUACCCACACCACAAGAUCAUCCAGUAACACACACACACACACACACACACACACACACACACACACACACUCACACUGUACCCACACCACAAGAUCGUCCAGUAACACACACACACACACACACACACACACACACACACACUGUACCCACACCACAAGAUCGUCCAGUAACACACACACACACACACACACACACACACACACACACACACACACACACUCACUCACUCACACACACACUGUACCCACACCACAAGAUCGUCCAGUAACACACACACACACACACACACACACACACACACACACUCACACUGUACCCACACCACAAGAUCGUCCAGUAACACACACACACACACACACACACACACACUCACACACACACUGUACCCACACCACAAGAUCGUCCAGUAACACACACACACACACACACACACACACACACACACACUGUACCCACACCACAAGAUCAUCCAGUAACACACACACACACACACACACACACACACUCACACUGUACCCACACCACAAGAUCGUCCAGUAACACACACACACACACACACACACACACACACACACACACACACACUCACUCACACACACACUGUACCCACACCACAAGAUCGUCCAGUAACACACACACACACACACACACACACACACACACACACACACACUCACACUGUACCCACACCACAAGAUCGUCCAGUAACACACACACACACACACACACACACACACACACACACACACUCACACUGUACCCACACCACAAGAUCAUCCAGUAACACACACACACACACACACACACACACACACACACUGUACCCACACCACAAGAUCAUCCAGUAACACACACACACACACACACACACACACACACACACACACACUGUACCCACACCACAAGAUCAUCCAGUAACACACACACACACACACACACACACACACACUCACACACACACUGUACCCACACCACAAGAUCAUCCAGUAACACACACACACACACACUCACACACACACACACACACACACUGUACCCACACCACAAGAUCAUCCAGUAACACACACACACACACACACACACACACACACACACACACACACACACACACACACACUGUACCCACACCACAAGAUCAUCCAGUAACACACACACACACACACACACACACACACACACACACACACUGUACCCACACCACAAGAUCAUCCAGUAACACACACACACACACACACACACACUCACACACACACUGUACCCACACCACAAGAUCGUCCAGUAACACACACACACACACACACACACACCGUACCCACACCACAAGAUCAUCCAGUAACACACACACACACACACACACUGUACCCACACCACAAGAUCAUCCAGUAACACACACACACACACACACACACACACACUGUACCCACACCACAAGAUUGUCCAGUAACACACACACACACACACACACACACACACACACACACACACUGUACCCACACCACAAGAUCAUCCAGUAACACACACACACACACACUGUACCCACACCACAAGAUCAUCCAGUAACACACACACACACACACUCACACACACACACACACACACACACACACAUACACACACACACUCACACUGUACCCACACCACAAGAUCAUCCAGUAACACACACACACACACACACACACACACACUGUACCCACACCACAAGAUCAUCCAGUAACACACACACACACUCACACACACACACACUCACACUGUACCCACACCACAAGAUCAUCCAGUAACACACACACACACACACACACACACUCACACACACACACACACACACACACACACACACACUCACACUGUACCCACACCACAAGAUCGUCCAGUAACACACACACACACACACACACACACACACACUGUACCCACACCACAAGAUCAUCCAGUAACACACACACACACACACACACACACACACUCACACUGUACCCACACCACAAGAUCGUCCAGUAACACACACACACUCACACACACACACACACACACACACACUGUACCCACACCACAAGAUCAUCCAGUAACACACACACACACACACACACACACACACACACACACACUGUACCCACACCACAAGAUCGUCCAGUAACACACACACACUCACACACACACACACACACACACACACACACACUGUACCCACACCACAAGAUCAUCCAGUAACACACACACACACACACACACACACACACACACUGUACCCACACCACAAGAUCGUCCAGUAACACACACACACACACACACACACACACACACACACACUGUACCCACACCACAAGAUCGUCCAGUAACACACACACACACACACACACACACACUGUACCCACACCACAAGAUCAUCCAGUAACACACACACACACACACACACACACACACACACUCACACUGUACCCACACCACAAGAUCGUCCAGUAACACACACACACACACACACACACACACACUCACACACACACUGUACCCACACCACAAGAUCGUCCAGUAACACACACACACACACACACACACACACACACACACUGUACCCACACCACAAGAUCGUCCAGUAACACACACACACACACACUCACACACACACACACACUGUACCCACACCACAAGAUCGUCCAGUAACACACACACACACACACACACACACACACACUGUACCCACACCACAAGAUCAUCCAGUAACACACACACACACACACACACUCACACUGUACCCACACCACAAGAUCGUCCAGUAACACACACACACACACACACACACACACACUCACACACACACUGUACCCACACCACAAGAUCGUCCAGUAACACACACACACACACACACACACACACACACACUGUACCCACACCACAAGAUCAUCCAGUAACACACACACACACACACACACACACACACACUCACACUGUACCCACACCACAAGAUCGUCCAGUAACACACACACACACACACACACACACACACACACACUGUACCCACACCACAAGAUCGUCCAGUAACACACACACACACACACACACACACACACACACACACACACACUCACUCACUCACACACACACUGUACCCACACCACAAGAUCGUCCAGUAACACACACACACACACACACACACACACACACUCACACUGUACCCACACCACAAGAUCGUCCAGUAACACACACACACACACACACACACACACACACACUCACACACACACUGUACCCACACCACAAGAUCGUCCAGUAACACACACACACACACACACACACACACACACACACUGUACCCACACCACAAGAUCAUCCAGUAACACACACACACACACACACACACACACUCACACUGUACCCACACCACAAGAUCGUCCAGUAACACACACACACACACACACACACACACACACACACACACACACUCACUCACACACACACUGUACCCACACCACAAGAUCGUCCAGUAACACACACACACACACACACACACACACACACACACACACACACUCACACUGUACCCACACCACAAGAUCGUCCAGUAACACACACACACACACACACACACACACACACUCACACUGUACCCACACCACAAGAUCAUCCAGUAACACACACACACACACACACACACACACACACACACACACACACUGUACCCACACCACAAGAUCAUCCAGUAACACACACACACACACACACACACACACACACACACACACACACACACACACACACACACACUGUACCCACACCACAAGAUCAUCCAGUAACACACACACACACACACACACACACACUCACACACACACUGUACCCACACCACAAGAUCAUCCAGUAACACACACACACACACACUCACACACACACACACACACACACUGUACCCACACCACAAGAUCAUCCAGUAACACACACACACACACACACACACACACUGUACCCACACCACAAGAUCAUCCAGUAACACACACACACACACACACACACACACACACACACACACACACACUCACACACACACACUGUACCCACACCACAAGAUCAUCCAGUAACACACACACACACACACUCACACACACACACACACACACACACUGUACCCACACCACAAGAUCAUCCAGUAACACACACACACACACACACACACACACUCACACACACACACACACACACACACACACACACACACACACUGUACCCACACCACAAGAUCAUCCAGUAACACACACACACACACACUCACACACACACACACACACACACACACACACACACACACACUGUACCCACACCACAAGAUCAUCCAGUAACACACACACUCACACACACACACACACACACACACACACACACACUGUACCCACACCACAAGAUCAUCCAGUAACACACACACACACACACACUCACACACACACACACACACACACUGUACCCACACCACAAGAUCGUCCAGUAACACACACACACACACACACACACACACACUGUACCCACACCACAAGAUCAUCCAGUAACACACACACACACACACACACACACACACACACUCACACUGUACCCACACCACAAGAUCGUCCAGUAACACACACACACACACACACACACACACACUCACACACACACUGUACCCACACCACAAGAUCGUCCAGUAACACACACACACACACACACACACACACACACACACUGUACCCACACCACAAGAUCGUCCAGUAACACACACACACACACACUCACACACACACACACACACACACACUGUACCCACACCACAAGAUCGUCCAGUAACACACACACACACACACACACACACACACACUGUACCCACACCACAAGAUCAUCCAGUAACACACACACACACACACACACUCACACUGUACCCACACCACAAGAUCGUCCAGUAACACACACACACACACACACACACACACACUCACACACACACUGUACCCACACCACAAGAUCGUCCAGUAACACACACACACACACACACACACACACACUGUACCCACACCACAAGAUCAUCCAGUAACACACACACACACACACACACACACACACACACACACUCACACUGUACCCACACCACAAGAUCGUCCAGUAACACACACACACACACACACACACACACACACACACACUGUACCCACACCACAAGAUCGUCCAGUAACACACACACACACACACACACACACACACACACACACACACACACUCACUCACUCACACACACACUGUACCCACACCACAAGAUCGUCCAGUAACACACACACACACACACACACACACACACACACACACUCACACUGUACCCACACCACAAGAUCGUCCAGUAACACACACACACACACACACACACACACACUCACACACACACUGUACCCACACCACAAGAUCGUCCAGUAACACACACACACACACACACACACACACACACACACACUGUACCCACACCACAAGAUCAUCCAGUAACACACACACACACACACACACACACACACUCACACUGUACCCACACCACAAGAUCGUCCAGUAACACACACACACACACACACACACACACACACACACACACACACACACUCACUCACACACACACUGUACCCACACCACAAGAUCGUCCAGUAACACACACACACACACACACACACACACACACACACACACACACUCACACUGUACCCACACCACAAGAUCGUCCAGUAACACACACACACACACACACACACACACACACACACACACACUCACACUGUACCCACACCACAAGAUCAUCCAGUAACACACACACACACACACACACACACACACACACACUGUACCCACACCACAAGAUCAUCCAGUAACACACACACACACACACACACACACACACACACACACUGUACCCACACCACAAGAUCAUCCAGUAACACACACACACACACACACACACACACACACUCACACACACACUGUACCCACACCACAAGAUCAUCCAGUAACACACACACACACACACUCACACACACACACACACACACACUGUACCCACACCACAAGAUCAUCCAGUAACACACACACACACACACACACACACACACACACACACACACACACACACACACACACACACUGUACCCACACCACAAGAUCAUCCAGUAACACACACACACACACACACACACACACACACACACACACACACACACACUGUACCCACACCACAAGAUCAUCCAGUAACACACACACACACACACACACACACUCACACACACACUGUACCCACACCACAAGAUCGUCCAGUAACACACACACACACACACACACACACCGUACCCACACCACAAGAUCAUCCAGUAACACACACACACACACACACACUGUACCCACACCACAAGAUCAUCCAGUAACACACACACACACACACACACACACACACUGUACCCACACCACAAGAUUGUCCAGUAACACACACACACACACACACACACACACACACACACACACACACACUGUACCCACACCACAAGAUCAUCCAGUAACACACACACACACACACUGUACCCACACCACAAGAUCAUCCAGUAACACACACACACACACACACACUGUACCCACACCACAAGAUCAUCCAGUAACACACACACACACACACACACACACACACACACACACUGUACCCACACCACAAGAUCAUCCAGUAACACAAACACACACACACACACUGUACCCACACCACAAGAUCAUCCAGUAACACACACACACACACACACACACACACACACUGUACCCACACCACAAGAUUGUCCAGUAACACACACACACACACACACACACACACACACACACACACACUGUACCCACACCACAAGAUCAUCCAGUAACACACACACACACACACUGUACCCACACCACAAGAUCAUCCAGUAACACACACACACACACACACACUGUACCCACACCACAAGAUCGUCCAGUAACACACACACACACACACACACACACACACACACACACUGUACCCACACCACAAGAUCAUCCAGUAACACACACACACACACACACACACACACACUCACACUGUACCCACACCACAAGAUCGUCCAGUAACACACACACACACACACACACACACACACACACACACACACACACUCACUCACACACACACUGUACCCACACCACAAGAUCGUCCAGUAACACACACACACACACACACACACACACACACACACACACUCACACUGUACCCACACCACAAGAUCGUCCAGUAACACACACACACACACACACACACACACACACACACACACACUCACACUGUACCCACACCACAAGAUCAUCCAGUAACACACACACACACACACACACACACACACACACACUGUACCCACACCACAAGAUCAUCCAGUAACACACACACACACACACACACACACACACACACACACUGUACCCACACCACAAGAUCAUCCAGUAACACACACACACACACACACACACACACACACUCACACACACACUGUACCCACACCACAAGAUCAUCCAGUAACACACACACACACACACUCACACACACACACACACACACACUGUACCCACACCACAAGAUCAUCCAGUAACACACACACACACACACACACACACACACACACACACACACACACACACACACACACUGUACCCACACCACAAGAUCAUCCAGUAACACACACACACACACACACACACACACACACACACACACACACACUGUACCCACACCACAAGAUCAUCCAGUAACACACACACACACACACACACACACUCACACACACACUGUACCCACACCACAAGAUCGUCCAGUAACACACACACACACACACACACACACCGUACCCACACCACAAGAUCAUCCAGUAACACACACACACACACACACACUGUACCCACACCACAAGAUCAUCCAGUAACACACACACACACACACACACACACACACUGUACCCACACCACAAGAUUGUCCAGUAACACACACACACACACACACACACACACACACACACACACACUGUACCCACACCACAAGAUCAUCCAGUAACACACACACACACACACUGUACCCACACCACAAGAUCAUCCAGUAACACACACACACACACACACACUGUACCCACACCACAAGAUCAUCCAGUAACACACACACACACACACACACACACACACACACACACUGUACCCACACCACAAGAUCAUCCAGUAACACAAACACACACACACACACUGUACCCACACCACAAGAUCAUCCAGUAACACACACACACACACACACACACACACACUCACACACACACUGUGUAAUUACAAUAAUUACUAUAUGCUACUAUAUUGAGGAUCACACACCCAAGAUGAGCUGCUGGAUUAGGAUCUGGGGAGCCUGACUGGUGAAACCUUCAGCGGUUGGUUUUGAGGAACUCCGGCUCUUGGCCCACAGGAGCCCCCCCCCCCCCCCCCACACACACACACACCUGCCGCUCACUGGAUGUUUUGGAGGUUUACGUGAUUCUGUGUGAACACUAGAGUGUGUUGUGGUGAGAAUUGCAGCAGAUCAGCAGCAGGUAGUGAUGGAGUCCCUCAGAUGAGAUGUUCCUCUGCUCUCUGAUGUUUGAUGUGAAGCUGGACUGGAGCUCCUGAGCCGAGUGUGUAGGAUGUUUUACUCUGAUGUAAGAAUGAUGAUGAACCAGCAGGUUCACAGCCGUUCCUAAUAAAGUGCUCAGUGAGUGA